CUGGGGAAAUGUUUACAAGUGAAGAGGAAAAGCUCAUUGUGUUGUGGUGAUGGAACUUUCUUUUAUCUCUACAGGAGAACUUCAAGGGCAGCAGUUCCUGAAGGUAGUGGGAGAAAAUCCAGAAGAGGACCUACUGGAUUGAUGAGCAUGGCAAGUCAGGAAUGAAGAAAGUUGUUGAAAAUGUCUUUAAUCCGGAUCAGGGGACGCACCAUCCUUGCCCCAAUUCUGAGCGAGGAAGAACGUGUUGAGGUUCGAGCACUGCGUGAGCGGGCAAUACAGUUCCAGCAUGAGCGGCAACGACUCCACCAGAAUCUCUCACAGUGCCGUGUGUGCCACCACCAACUGGAUAACCAACAAAGAACUUGGAACUGUCAUGGAUGCAACAACAUCAAUGAGCGUCACAGCAGCAGCAGCAGCAGUAAGAAAACAUCAGAUGUGUGCAGGACCCACAGCGGUACUCCAGUAUUACCAUCAGUGACUCAUUGUAGACAACGUGAAGGCCAAGAGACCUCCUCCUCAUCUGGCCCAAGUAGUGGUGGAGAGCCUAUGUCAGAGGGACCAGAAGAUUCUCCAAGUGCAGCUAAUGUGUCUGUUCAAACGGAAUCGUCAGUGUCAUUUACGGCUAGCACAGAUUUACGUUCCUACCUCAACACCUCCCUUGAUAAUUCCCUCGACACAUCCAUUAGUGCCUGUAAUGAUACCUGGCACCAUUCAUCCUCACUGACCGAUGUCGAUGAAGCUCUUCUGUUGAGUGCCUCUCCGGAGGUAGCCACCAACCUCAUCCUCGGACGCCUCCACCCAUCUGCCGUCCUGCAUCCUUCCACCAAGAUACGGCCUUCUCAGGCCGACUCUCAACACACAGAGACGGCCAGCACCACUCUGGUACAAGGUCGGCAGUCACUGGAGCGGCUUGCAGCUUCAGAGAACCACGAUACCACCACCACAGCCUCCUUGAGUCUCAGUUUUGCAUCAGUCUCAGAGGAAGGCGGUGAAGGAUCUGGAGAUGGACUCGAAGUAUCUGAAGAAAUUUUAGAAGUGUCAGAGGAGGCGAUAGAUGGUUCAGAAGAAGACCGGGCAGGAAGUUUGCCUAGUGAGGUAGAGUCUGACUCACACAAAGAAGAGGAUAACCACAGACAAACUUCCCUGUUUACAUCACAGAGAAGAAAUCCAAAAACAACUACUGGAGAUGUUGGUAAGAGUGUGAGGGAGGGAGGAACCAGUACUGGAGUGAGAGAAGUAAGAGAAGUGAGAGAUGCGAGGGAGCCAUCUUGGAUGUUACAACGAGACUCUGGGCGCAGCAGCAGUCAUAGCGACUACCUGGACGACUACCUGGAGCUGUUAACAAGCAGGUGUGGUAGUGGUCUUGGCUUAGAGACAAAUGUGUUGUCUGUCACAAUGUGUAAAGCUUCUGCACCAGUUACUACUACCAGCACCACAACCUCCUCUAAAAUCAUGAGCACCAGUACCUCUGAGACCUAUAAUGGAAGUAUUGCCACUGCUGUUGGGGCGAACAAUGGCGAUAAACAAAAGGAAAAGAAAAAUGAGGAUGUGGAAGCUAGUCAUGAGAAGGUUGUGCACAAAGGGAAGGAUGUUGAAAAGACAGAUACUCACGAGAAUGGCAAGAGAAUAAGGAGCCCCAGAGAGCUACAAAGAGCAAGGGAUGUACUCGGAGAACCUCGAUCGCUGUCGGCAACUUCAGAACGUAGGGUGAGCAGGAAGAGCAGAGCCCGGAGAUGGUCGUCCGCCCAGUCGUUGGACCCAGGGCGUAGUGUGGGCAGCAAGUACCUUGACAGCUACCUGGGCAACUUAACAGAUGAUGCUUGGCUGCAGUACCCUACCCAGCUGACCUCCCGUCGUAUGGUGUUCCUUGACUCAGAUGAGUACAUCCACUCAGUGAGGCCACACGGUGUUAGAAAACUCCAGGAAGAUAGUUCGAGGACUAGAUACCAUUCACUUUCAGAGAGCUCAGCAUCAGAGGACAGCAAGAAGCACGACUCUUACGUCACAUCAUCAGACGACCCUCUCUCUAAUAUCCACGGCAAGAGUGACUCAUCUGAAGACUGGUCAAAGGAUCCAUCAAGCAGAGACAAUAAAAGAGGAACAAUUAAUCAACUUUCUGCAAGAGAGGAUCAACCAAAUAUACCACAAGCUACAUCACAAGCUCCUCAGCAGAAUUUAGGCCCUGACAGUAAAAACAUUCCAACCAAUGUGUUCUCAAAUCAAUCCACCCAGCCGAUCCAGGAAUCUACAGAUUUAUCCUUUGAGAUUCACAAUGUACAAGAGAACAUCUUACAUGAGGCUCCUGAAACACCUUCAGAUAGGACAGAGACUAAGGUUAGUAGUGAUGAAGGAAUUGAACUUCUUGGAAGCCCAGCAAGCACAGGUUCUGAUGUGAAGAUUGUUAUUGAUGGUAAUGGUUCCAAGAGCUCCAGCAAGGAAGAAAUUUCCAUAGUAGAAGAAGAGAUUGAGGUUAACCCACCCAGCCCCAGUCACAGUGCAGAAGUUGCAACUAAAGAGCAAGAUAAAAGUGGUGUGGAGGAUAUGGUCCCAGAAUUUAAGUUUGGGGGGGUGGUAGGCUGUGCUGAAAAUAAUGAAGAGCGUCAAGACAGCUCAUCUGAAGACAGCAGUGAAACAGAACCAAGUACAAUUGUCUAUGUGGAGGACUGUUCAAUUGAUAGUCUUAGUCUUAGUCUUAGUGAAGGACAGAAAAAUUCACUUGUGGAGAGUGAAGGAAAAAGUAAGUCACAGAUAGAUCUUAAGGCACAUAGCAAUACUCAGAUAGGUAACAAGGAGCAGAGCAGCUGGCAAGAAGAUGGUAAGGGACCUGGUAGUGAGGUAGAGGAAAGUGGUGGAGUUACUUUGGGUGAGACAGGCACAGUUUUAGUACAUGAAGAGAAAACUUCACCAAGAAAGGACAGUGAAAGGAUAUAUAAUAAAUUGCCUGAACAAUCUCCUUUAAAAAGUGUCCAGCUUGUUAAAGCAUCAAAAUAUGCAGAGGUAAUCAAUGAAAGUGAUACAAGAAGAAAUCCAGUGACAGGUGAGCAAAGACUCCCAAAUAAUGAUCAGGGCAAGAAAGGAAUUGCAGAGUAUGACAUUUAUGAUUCAGAGGAUGAAUGUUUGGUAGUGCAGGUGUAUGAAGAUCAGAGCAUUAUAUCCCAUAGUGGAGUUAGGAGAGAGAUGUCUGAAUUGGGAAGAGAUAGCAGUGCAGAUUCUGAUUAUGUAGAGGAAGUGGUGAAAAUUGUGCCCCAAAGAAGAGACAGGAUGAAGAAUGAUGUGGAUACCAGCUGUGUGGUGGAGCUUGUGCCAUAUAGAGAUUCAGAAGAUGCUAUGGGUCAAGUGUUGACUCUGUUGAGGGCCAAGCAGCAGCAGGAGCUGGAGGAGUUGCGAGUACGACAGGAAGAGGAGGUUCGUCAGUUUAUUAAACAGUUGCAGAAUGUGUCACCCGAGCACCUACAUGCAUUUCUCGCUGCCAGCCAUGCGAGUGGAUCAGGUGAAAGUAGCAGUUCUGGGGAUGGUCCCUCAUAUGUGUUGUCUCAGACGGCUCUCAAAACCAAAACUGUUGUUAGACCAAGUAUUGAAAAUGAUGAUAGUAGAAAUGUAAACAGGCAACAAAGAUCAAAUAUGAAUAUUGCAUCAUUCAGUGAGGCAUCUGUUUAUAGUGACAGUGAUGAUAUUGUGGUUUCCAGUUCUGAAAUCCCAGUUUUAAGUAUUGAAAAUCUUGAACAGAUUCCAUCAGUAAUUCCUUCACAACCUGGUCAGGCCAGAGAGUGGAACAGUCAGUCAAGUUCAUCAUCAUCUAGCACCACACAUCCCCUUGUUGUCACACUGCCAUGCCCCUCCACACAUCUCCCAAUAUUGACAUUUCCACCUGCCACUACUCAUCCACCCACAACUGUUGACAAGGCUGAAGUAGAAUCUCCUAAGCCACGACCCUCCAAUCAUACCAAUCUCAUGCCAUCAUACAUUAUGAAUGAAGAGAUGAGAAAAUCCACAGGGCAUCAAGAGAAUGAUAACUACAUGCAGCUUGAUUUAGACUUAAGAACAGUCAGUCCUAAACAUCCCUCUACCCAAAGUCCUCAUCACAUCCCAAUCUCAGGGACUUCAAUGGAUGAGUCUGGAAGCAGUAGUGUGGAAUAUUCUCAUGCCAGGAACAACAAUGCAGAUGCUGAUGACUCACUUAGCUUCAUCAAUGGGAACUGUGUGAAUUAUGGGGAUGGAAUGCAGUACUAUAGAUUAUGCACUCCCGACGAAGACCUCAGCAUCAGUGAGAUUACCCCAAGGACCACCGAGGUGGAAACCCACUAUCAGUCUAAGCCUACAGAAACAGUAACUCAACCUGGAUUGUUCAAAGUUAUGAAUAAUGGCCCAUGGCCAGGCCCAAGGCCCACCAGUAUCACUAGCCUCCUGGCAGAACAUCCAGAGAUUUUCAGAGAAGACAUAGUGGAGGUGAAUUUGGAGCAUGCAGGAGAUUGGGGAACAUCUACUGUGGGACUCAGGGACCCUUGCAGGACUGUAGUGGAUGAGUGCAGCAUGACCCGCGAGGCUGCUGCCACGGCAGAAGGUGGGCUCGACAUGGUGCCAGAGAGAGAGAGUGCUGCCAGUGUUCACUUCCUUCGUCUGAGUCAGAACGUGAUCUUUGUGAGGGGCAUCGUACUUCUACAAGCUUGUGUCAGAAGGUACAUGACACAGAGACUUCUGCGGACCAAGUUUGUCCAAGAGCAGCUGGCAACACUAGCAGAAAUUGCCAAGUUAGCCCAGCAGUUUCAUUGUGACAUCCUUACUGACAACAUCCACAAGGGAGAUGUAGACUUCCACAAGGCACUGUACAACCAGGAAGGCCUGGCUCGAGAGAGGAUUCGAAGGGUGUUUUUUGUACUUAGUGUUCAAGAACAGAUGUCUCUCAUCUGUCGGGACCGACAGCUCUGGCAAAUGGAGCAAGAACGACAGACUUCAACAAUUUUGCGACCAUCACCAACACACAGUAAUUCAUCUAAGCCUAAGAGCAGAAAUGUUGAGGAUAGACCAAGAUCAGGAAUAGCAUCAAAGACACCGGCAGCAAAGAGACCUUCUCCUACUGCCCCAAGACCUCAACAGGAGGUUAAAGCUCGUGCUGGAUCUCUGAGAAGCAGAACAUCUCGGCUGGUGCAGCCUUCUCAUGCUCAUCAUUUGUCACCAUCACACAAUGUUAAUAUGUCAAAUGUACACACAGAUCAUAAGGUUUCCUCCAGAAGCAAGUUGCCUGUUCAGAUGGAGCGAUCAACUUCACACGUAGACAGUGCACCUUCACACUAUACUAAGACAUCACAUGUUAAGUCCCCACAAGACACUAGAUCUGGCCUCCUCCCAAGUAAUAGAUGUGCAUCACACCCUCGCAGCAGCAGUACCUCUCAGAUACCCAGUCGAACUAGUUCAAGACAAAGUUCCAGAGCGUCAGGUCACGUGGCCAGUGUGAAUCGAAGUAUGAGCUGCAGUAGCAGGAGUACUACUCAUUCCAACAGUCCACGUAGAGCUCAUCAGGUGGGACAUGCGCCUCCACUGGCCUUCGCAACAACGCGGGGUGGAAUGGACAGGCAACACCACCAAGGUCGGCCACCAAGACAUCCAUAGUGGGUAGAAGACCGUGGCGGUGAUGGUGGCGGACAGGAGGCCCUGUUGGAUGGCACCUAGGCCAGUGGCAACUUCGGGUUAAGACUCUGUAUAAUGUAUCACGUGGCAAAGCUUCACGCAUUAUAAGCCAGCAAAAGACAAAUCUGCAUGUAUACAAGUCAUACAUACCACAAGGGAAAACAAUAUCUGUGAAAGACAUGUAAAAGCCUGGGCCUCUUUGUAAUGUAUUUCCUGGUUAAGCUUUGUAAGUGCUAGACUCUUGUGUGUUGAGCAGCUACUCCAGCCUGUGUCAAGAAACUAUCCAUUGUAUUUUCUCUGUAAUGGAUAUCAUGUCAGAUACUCAGAAUCUUGUAUAAUUCCCUUUUGCACUGACCUUUACAUCCAUAUUUAUUUAUUUUUCACAUCCCACACAUGCACACCCCCACAAGACACACACACACACACACAUGUGCACCCCAUACAAUAUUUCACACACUCAUGCACACAGAUAUGAAUUUAUUUAUUCUCGCAAGCCUUGCCUUUUUCUGCUAUUAUACAAAUGUCUGAAAUCAAGAAGAUGAAGAAAAAAAAGAAAAACGACCCCUUGAUACUUCUUCAUUCAGUUACCGGUACUUUAACUGGUGUGACAUCCCUGUAAUCCAAUCGACCUUUUGCUCACCUGUGCAUUACAUGAUCGUUUGUUUCCUGGCUAUCAUUCCUUCCAUAUUUAGGUCUUCCCUUGCCUCAUCCCUACACCUCCUUCUUGGUCUUACCCUCUCACUUUCAUCUCCUUCUUGGUCUUGCCCUCUCACUUUCAUCUCCUUGGUCUUACCCUCUCACUUUCAUCUCCUUUUUGGCCUUGCCCUCUCACUUUCAUCUCCUUCUUGGUCUUGCCCUCUCACUUUCAUCUCCUUGCCCUCUCACUUUCAUCUCCUGGGUUUUAUUCUCUUACUGCACAUUGAACAUCAUCAUCAUCAUCACUCUCCUGGGUCAGCCCCUUUCCCACAUCUUCUAAUUCUGUACAGGGUAUAUGUUUUUCUCUGCCUCAUAUUCACCCUUAUAUAAUGUACAGUAUACAUAACUCAGUACACUAGUAUAUGGAAUUUCUAUAUCAUUUAAUGUUUCUUGUGUGAGAGUUGUGGCCAUCUCUGUAGGGUGUUGAUGCUUCUAGCCUGUUCUGUGCUGUAUCAUCCUUGGUUUUAUGGAGUUAUAUGGUAUACAGUAUAGAUAAAUCCCCUUCUUCUCUUAUUAAUUAUAAACUGGAUAUUUGUGACCAGUGUAAUGUUCAAAAAGCUAGUUGGUAUGAGGUCAUGCCAUCAUAAAGUGAAUAAGUGUGUAAAAGUGAAGCCUUAUCUUGGACAUUGCUUAACGUUUGAAAUCCAUUACAAUACUUUAUUCCGAGUGAACUUUAGACCUAUGAAACUUUUCCCCAGAAAUUUAUGUGCAGCCUAUUGUACAUGAAAAAACUAUAUAGUUAAAAGAAACCCAUAAGUCGCUGAACAACUCUGGUCUAUGUACUAUUAUGGUAUAUAAUUUAAUCUAGUGUUGAUAUUGAGUAUAGUGAAAUAUACGGUACGGUAUCACAAGAUCUUGUAUAUUUCGUAUUAGAAUUCCUUACCGUCUCUUCCAGUUGCAUUUGUUGUCUCCUCACUUAGUCAUUAUUUAGACUGUCUGGUUUGGAUAACUUGCUAGUCACUGUAGGUUAAUAUUUUUGUAUGUGGUUCAUGUUUUAUUUUGUUAGAUAAUGUUAUAAAUGCCACAGUUUGAUAGCUUUGCUGAAUAAUUGGGGGCAGAUUAAGCAGUAUCUGUGCUGAUGAUAUUACAAACCUCUGUCUCGAAUUAACAUGCCUUUAUACUGUAAUGGAUGAAAUGUGGUAAUCAAGAUAAUGUUGUUUUGAUGUCAAGGAUAUGAUUUUUACAAUGCUUUGUUAUAAUUAUAUCUGGUCUCCCAGUUGUGUAUUAAGGCUAUUUUUAAUUUUCACACAUCUCUUUCAAUUUUCAUUUCAUAUUUAGUUAGUAUAUUUCUUUUAUUUGUUCUUGCAUUUUAAUGUAUGGAUAAUCCAAAAAAUGUGCCUGAGUAAUUUGUAAUUACAUUGUAUAUUGUCUUAGAUGUCAAAAGAUUACAAGAACUCUUUAUCUCAAUGUAUAAUAUAUUCAUUGAGCUAUUUCCCAUGUUUAAAGGAGCAGGCACUCAUGGAAUUGGUGAUUACAUCGUUGGUUGAAUGGUUGAGGAGUAGAACAUGUGUUGGUUGGUUCAGGGAAUAUGAAAAAUGAAUGAUAUAACUACAGUAGAACCUUGAAUGAUUGUGUUCCCUCAGGACCAACAUGGCAGAUUAAAAGUACCAUUGCAGUAAUUUAUAACGUGGGGUAGGUAGAUAAUUCCGCUACAUCGUGAUCCCAAAGUACAGUAUCAGAUAUGGAAAGUGAUACAACUAAGUACACACUGAAAGGUUAUAAUUGCCUACAAAUAACUAAAAAAGUGUUCAGAUCUUCCAUAUUAGUCCUCCACAUUGUCAUUUUACUCGCAUCACUGUCAUGUUGCUUGUGAAAUCUUGAAUGUUAUCUACUCUCCUGCUAAAUAUCAAGCUGAUUUUCCUCUCUUGAGUUACUGACUAUUGCCAGUUGAUCGUGUAGUACAGAUAAUCCUCCUUGUUUUGUAGUUGCCAUUACAAGCUUUCAGUUACAGUACACCCUGAAGGGAUGCUGUAACAUGACUCGAUGAUAAGUUGAUUGGUGCUCCUGUCAGAAUGCCAGUUUCUUUAUUUCUUUUAACUUUUCUGUAUUAAAUAUUAUCACAAGUUUUCUCUCUUUAAACUUUAUUAAAUUGUUUCAGAUAAAAUGGAAAUUUUCACAUCUUUGGACUUCCAUAAAACAAACUGAAUUAUGAGUGAAAUUAAUGUGAAAUGAUUUAUCUUAUGAUCACUAGGUACAUGAACACUCGAGGUUCUACUGUAUAACGUAUAAAGCUGACCAGAAGCAAUGCAAAUAUCUUUUUGUGAAUAAUUGUAGUAAAUACUGAAGAAAAAAAAAAACAGUAUUGGUGUUGAAUCUCAUUAUAUUGUACACUAGUAGUAUUUCUCUCCAUUGAACUUAUUUGUGUCUAGAAAUGAUAGCAAAGCUUUCUUUGUACUGUACCACACAUGACUGCAGCAAAUAGGUAAUGAGAGGACCAAAUGAGAUUACAGAAAACGUUUAUAUGCCAAGAAGAGGAUGGUUACAUCGUUUUAUUAUCAAUAAAUGUAAAUACUGUAAUUAUUUAAUAACUGCUGAAAUGGUGCUUUAGAAAAAUAAAAGACAAAUGGUGCUCCUUAAGUAACUACUGUAUCUUCAUGAGAGGUAUAUACAUAGAGUAUUAAGAAGCUUGGCAAGAACUUAAAUCUUUUGACAUGAGAAGCAAACAUUUUAACACCUACUAGGCAUUGGUCACAAAAAAUAUAAUAAGUUGAUCUGGUUAUAACAAUACUCAAGGUUUUCUCUCCAUAAUUUUAUUUAUAGAUAACCAUAAUUGAAAGUGCAUUAUAUUUUGUGUUGACUGGAAUAGAUGCAGUUCUAUCUUGUUAAAAUGGUGUUUAUAUCGGUGUAGAGUUAGUGUAUGGCAUGAACACAUCUGGCUGCUGCACAACUGCUGACCAGUUGAUACAUUAGUAUAGGAAAGAUAUCAACUCGUUCAAUGUGAAAUGGCAAAAAAAUUCAUAUAAUAGAAAACUUUUAUAUCAGAAUAUGCAACCCUUCUUCAGGCAUGGGAAAUGGCAUGUUGUAGGUAGACGUCCAUGACUUAAUCUGUGACCUCACUGCAGUCUUGUCAAAUAUGUCUUUAUAGAGGUAUAUUUCAUUCAUAGUACUAAGCCAGUGUUGUAAUGUUACACUGGAUGUCUUAUCUUUAUAUCAUAAGGCUUUCAUGUUUUUGUCCCAAGUGCUGACUCCUUGGUCAUGGAGUUGCUGAUAACAAAAUCCUAAAAGUGACAAAAUAUCUCAAAAUUAAGCAUUCCAAUUUACUGUGGAUUCUCUACAAGUGCAAAUAUUAUUUAUUUUAGCAAGUAUUGAUAUCAUAUCACUGGUAUUGUAACCAACUACAGUACUUGAAUAUGGGAGACUUUAUUAAGGGUUAGUUACUGCUGCUGCUUGUGCUAAAGCUAAGCUGCAAGUACACAUUAUUGUAAUGUAUUGCAGUACAGUACUAUAUACAAUUUUCUUGAUUUGCUUGCCUUUACGACAGUUUUCUCAAAGAAAAUUGUUUAUGAUCUCUGUAAAUGAAAUAAAUGUUUAAUAAGCUGUUUUGUAGCCACUUUGUUAUGUGCAAUGUUCAGUAUCAUGAAGAUUGUUGCGUACUGUACCGUACUGUACUCCAUAAAUGCUGUACUACUGUAUUAUGGUGAGACAAACCCUGAGGCCAGUACUGUAUCAGCAACAGGUGGUAUUCAUUGUACAUGAAUGCCACACAUUUUCUUGCCUCAUGAGCCGAGUGGGAAAAGUAUACUGUAGUCUCACAUUAUACCAUUCCAUGUGUAUAAAGUUAUACACCAUUAUCUUCCUAUUACACAAUCAAUGGAAGAGUAAGGUGUGCCUAUUUUAUCAUUACAUAUAUAGAAAUAUAUAUUCAUUUUAUAUUUAUUUUGCCUUAUUUUAACUUUUGUCAAUGCUGUCACAUGCCAACAUGCCAAGGCAUCAGUUUCUCCAUGAAUAUACGGUACAAUAGUUGUACUAAUUAAUUUUAUCUUCUGUUUAUUUCAUUUUUUUUAAGGUCUUCAGACAUGACAAUAGCACUUGGCAGUCUCACUUAUGUUUGGUGAACAGUUCAAGUGAACAAAUGAACUCAAUAAAUACAUGACAUUUAAA